UGCAAAAGACUCGAAACUAAUAAUCAUUGAUGUAUGGUUCGAAUCUGAACACGUAAACGCAGAGAACGCAGAAGGGCUUCUCCUCUUUGAUGUAUGGUCUAUUAGGAAAUGGAAUCUACUGAUUCUACUCACAGCUCUCUGGUAUCAAGAUAUUGCAUGGUGGGCAUACUAGGCCACACGCUAUGUGCCGUGGUUAGACCAUUCGUGGGCUUCAUUGAAGCCCAAAUCAUCAGCUUAGCGCUCUGCUUUGGUCGGCAGCAUCGACGCGACUGCUUUCGUUACACCUUUGAUGACAUCGUCCGUCUCGCUAAUACAACUCUUUUUACUAUCAAUGAAAUUGAGGCGUUGCGGGAGUUGUACAAAAAGUUGAGUAAUCUUGUCAUUGAUGAUGGUCUCAUACACAAGGAAGAGCUCCAAGUGGCACUAUUGAGAACUCCAGCAGGCGAGAAUCUUUUCCUGGACAGGGUAUUUGAUCUUUUUGAUGAAAAGAAAGAUGGAGUCAUUGAGUUUGAGGAGUUUGUUCGUGGACUCAGUGUUUUCCAUCCUCGUGCUCCUGUGGAGGACAAAACCGAUUUUGCAUUUAGGUUGUAUGAUUUGAGACAGACUGGAUAUAUCGAAAAGGAGGAAGUUAGGCAGAUGGUAGUUGCCAUUCUUUCAGAAUCCGGUAUACAGCUGUCAGAUGAAGUUCUUGAUACUAUCAUUGAUAAGACAUUCACUGAUGCAGAUGCUGAUAAGGAUGGCAAGAUUAACAAGGAAGAAUGGAAGGAUUUCGUAGUUCGGCACCCAACACUUCUGAAGAACAUGACGCUUCCUUAUUUACAGGAUAUCACAGCAGUGUUUCCAAGUUUUAUUUUCAACACCGAAGUUGAUGACUGAACAAUUUUGGCAACACUACAGUCUACAGCGAGGCAAAAAUGUUGAAAACUGAAAGAGAAAAGCUUCUGCUGCAUCAGGGACUACUGUUUCUAUCUUCUAUUAGUGUCAGAUUGGUUUUGUCUAUACUGCCUCAAGGGUCGCUCACUCCAAACCGAUACAGACACGAGGCUGGCCAAACCCAAUGCAUCAUCAUCUGUCAAUGAUCAAUCCAUGAUUUCCAAUAGAAACUUCAUUGGCAACAAAUAUCCCUAUUCUUUCAUACGUAUUCAUCAAAAUACUCACUUUUGUUUAGCAUGUGGUCUGUAUAAACGUUUUUUUUUUUACUUUUUGGCUUCUCUCUCUCUCUCUCUCUCUCUCUGUUUUGAAAUGUGUUGUAUGUAUUGUUACUCGCUAGUCACAAAGUCGAAGAAGCCACUACCUAGACAGCGAAGGUUUUGUCAUAACUGAUUUUUUUUUUUCUUUCUCGGCCAAGAAGCCA